AUGGUCUACCUCAACAAACUGGCGAAAGGAAUCCCGGGAACCGUCGGUACGUACCACAACAAUAACAUCGAAAUCAGUAGUUCUUGUUGUUUUCAGCAGUCAAAAUCGAGUACAUGAACCCAGCCGGGUCGAUCAAAGACCGCAUCGGAUGGGCAAUGAUCGAUGCGGCGGAGAAAGAGGGAAAAGUGAGUGUUGCUGGCUGCUCGUGUGAAAAAACGCGCAUGAAAUAUGUAUGACAAUGAAUGUGCAUCUCGUCAUUUUAGAUUAUUCCCGGAGUAACCACGCUCAUUGAGCCAACUUCCGGCAACACGGGAAUCGCUCUCGCGUUUGUCGCCGCUGCAAAGGGCUAUCGAUGCAUUGUGACGAUGCCGGCGUCGAUGAGUGGAGAGAGAGUAAGUCGUACUCGAUCACAAACCACAAAACCAGACAAUUUUUGCAGCGUACUCUCCUAAAGGCAUACGGAGCCGAUGUCGUGUUGACGGACCCGGCAAAAGGAAUGAAGGGGGCCAUCGAGAGAGCCAACCAGCUCAAGGAGAACCUGCCAGGAUCCUACAUCCUCGCCCAGUUCGACAACCCAAACAACCCGCUUGUCCACUACCAAACCACUGGACCGGAAAUCUGGAGACAGACCAACGGGAAGGUUGACGCGGUGGUGUUUGGAGUUGGAACCGGAGGAACCAUCACUGGUGUCGGAAGAUUCCUGCAGGAGAUGAACCCGGCUAUUCGUGUGUUCGCUGUGGAACCAGAGGAAUCGGCCAUUCUCAGCGGAAACCCGGCCGGUCCGCACAAGAUCCAAGGAAUUGGAGCUGGAUUUGCGCCAGCGGUGCUUGACACCAAAAUCUACGAGGACGUCAUCCGUAUUCACUCCGACGAAGCCAUUGUGAUGGCAAAGAGACUCGCGUUCGAGGAGGGACUUCUCUGUGGUAAGGAAUACAUUCUGCAGAUGUGUCUUUACAAUCGUUCUUCAGGAAUUUCAUCUGGAGCCAACGUCGCCGCCGCUAUCCAGAUCGCUUCUCGCCCGGAAAUGGUUGGAAAGCUGAUCGUCACCGUCUUGCCGAGCUGCGGAGAACGCUACAUGUGAGUACUUUUCCUGGAUCUUCAGUGAUGAACUCUGUUUUUUAGGACGUCUGCUUUGUACACUGACAUUCGCGAGGAGGCAAUGUCCAUGGGAGUCGAGAGUUUGGAAACGAACUUGGAGAAACUGUCGCUCCACUCGUUCGAAGUCAUGGAGUAA